AUGGAGCCCGCGGGCGGCAGCAUCCAGGCGCUGCUGCGGGCCGCGGAGUUCCUGGAGCGCCGGGACCGCGGCGCCGCCACCGGCACCGGGAGGGGCGGCCGGGCCCCGGCGGGCCUGGCGGAGGCCGAGCACGGCUACGCCUCGCUGUGCCCCGCCCGCGCCCGGCAGGCGGCGGGCAGCGAUCGGUCGGUGCACAACGCGCUGGAGAAGCACAGGCGAGCCCAGCUCCGGCGCUGCCUGGAGCAGCUGAAGCAGCAGGUGCCCGCCGGUACCGGGCCGGCCCGGCCCACCACGCUGAGCCUCCUGCACCGCGCCCGGCUGCACAUCCAGCGGCUGCAGGAGCAGGAGGUGAGGGCGCGGCGGGUGAAGGAGCGGCUGCGCAGCCAGCAGCGGAGCCUGCGGCAGCGCCUCGAGCAGCUGCUCGCACCUGCGGGCAGCGAGCGGCUGCGGGCGGACAGCCUGGACUCGUCCCGGCUCUCGGAGCACUCGGGCUCGGACGGAGGAAGUGCCGCCGCCAGCCUCACCGCCCAGGCACAGGGCACCGGGGGACACCGGGCACCCGGGCGCUGCGCGGAGCCGGGCACGGCGCAGCUAACGGUCCCCGCUGCGCACAGCAGAGCACUUCGAGAGGGCGGAAGAGGCGCUGGCAGCCGGCCCGGCCACGGCGGGGAUGCCGCGGAGCCCGAGGCUGCCUGCAGCUGGCACUGGGCAGUGCCCAGCCCCGCCAGACGCGGCCACCGGCCCGCUCCGCCGCCCGCCGGGGCCAGGAAGGGGAAGUGAGGGCGUUGAGCAACUCGCCCACACGCUCCCACUGCUUCCUCGGCCCCCCUCCCCUGUACAUACCCGACACUAUUGCAGUAAAGGCACUUGGUCAAA